UGUUGAAAAUGCUCUUCGCCCGCAGAGUUCAACGGCUUCUGAGAGAUGUGCUAAUGUUGCCACGCCUGUUGGCUUCCGGAACGUCACGGCCAGUCGGUGACUUUUUGUGCAAUUUAUUUGUCGCUCUUGCGUGCUGUUCGUUCUGCAUUAAAUUCCGUUUUUGUCUCCUUUGCCGUGCUAAUUCAUCGCCCAUCCACCCACCAAUUUGCCGGAGAGCGUGUCCGCCAUCCGUUUGCCCAGCAUUUGACGCUCAGGAUGUCCACCGAGGAGGAGCCCAGACGCGAGGCGGAGGGCGAGGAGACGCCCGACGUGGAUGCCAACUAUCAGCCGCCGCCGCAGAAGACCAUCGAGGAGAUCAUGGCCACGGAUCAGGAGGACGAGAGCCUGCGGAAGUACAAGGAGGCACUCCUGGGCGCCGCGCAGGCCGAGAAGAUUGUCGUGGACGCCACGGACCCGCGGAAGGUGAUCGUGAAGAAGCUGGCGCUGUGCGUGACCGGACGUCCGGACAUGGAGCUGGAUCUCACGGGUGACAUUUCGAAGCUGAAGAAGCAGUCGUUCACCAUCAAGGAGGGCGUGCAGUAUCGCAUCAGGAUCGACUUUGUCGUCCAGCGAGAGAUCGUGCAUGGCCUGAAGUAUGUCCAGAAGACGCUGCGAAUGGGCGUUCCAGUGGACAAAAUGACGCACAUGGUGGGCUCUUAUCCGCCCAAGGCGGAUUUGCAGAGCUACACGACGCCGCCUGAGGAGGCGCCGUCGGGCCUGAUGGCGCGCGGCUCGUACACGGUGACGUCGCUGUUCACGGAUGACGACAAGAAUGAACAUCUCAAGUGGGACUGGAGCUUCGAGAUCAAGAAAGACUGGAAUUGAGCCCAUCGCUUUGCUUCUUCCGCGCCUUUUCAGUCACCUUUUUUCCCUUUUGUCUUACGUUCUGUUAUUCGCAGUAGCAAUAUGCGCUAGCGCUCGGAGGGAUGCUCAAAUUGUAGAA